AUGUCAAUCAGUAAUACAGCAGUGAUUGGUUGUAUCAUUGCCUUAUUUGGUUUAAUCAUCCUUUGUACCAUUAUUAUAUCGGUUAUUCUAUGUGUUACUUCUAGAAUAUCAUCUAGUUACGAGAAGGGGCAAAAUGAUAAUGGAAGUCAACAUAAAAGUUUCAAUCUAUUUCAUGAUUUAUUAAGGAAUUCAUCUCCUAAGAUUGAUUUAGAAGCUCAGAAUCAUACUUAUAAUGAUAUGUCAUCAACCAUUGUUCUUAAAAGUUUCCCAAUGCUGCUAGUACUGCCAACAGAGGGGGGUCAAAAUCAUGUCCUGGAUGAUGGAGGAUUAUUAGUUACGAUAUCAAGAGAUGACAGAAGUAAAGUAAUACUUGGAACUGAUGGAACUGCUGCUGAAGAGCUGGAUUAUAGAAGUGCCAUUGAAAGUUUUCAUACUAUUACUGAUGGAUUAGAAGAUCGAAAAUUAAGAUUAAAAAAAUCGAUUAGAAGAAUGUCAUCAGUUCAUUAUAAACGUAGUAAUGAUAAUACGUUAAGUACCAUUGUUGCCAUUCCAAAUGAAAGAAAACAAUCUUAUAUUGCUGAUCAAUAUGACAGUUUUUCUCGUACUCUUAUGCUUCAAAAUAUGAUUCAAACUUCAGUUAAUGAUGAUAAUCAAGCAAUUAUGCAAGUGAGGGAUCCAUUUCUGAAUAGUUUAAUCAAAGUUGGAGGAAUGGUUGUAGUUGUUAAACCAUUCCAUGGAACUGAAGAGUUUGAAUUUAAUACUUUAGAAACUGGUGAUUUACUUAGAAUAGUGAAGUUUUAUAUUAAGGAAGAUGAAGAGGUUUCAAUUAAGCCAUUACGUAUAAUUUCUGAUAAGCAAGCUAAGAAUAACAGUAUUAGUGUUAAUGAUGAAGGAAGUAGAAGGUCAACUAUUAUUGAAAGUUCAGAAGAAAUCACUAUCAAUGGUUACAGUGUAGAUGAAGAUGUGUUUAUCGAUAGAUCAGAUCUUAAUUAUUCCAAACUUUAUUGUACUGGUAUUAUUCUCAAUUCAUGCUUAGAAUUUAAUAACAAUACUAGUGAUUUAUCAUUGAGAAUUAAAGAUAAUAUUGGAGGUGAAUUAGAAUUCUUAAAAGAUUUCCCAUUGGAGAUAGUUUCAUUAGAGACGACUGUUUUGAGAUCAAUGCAUGAUGUUACUUUAUCUAGCAGCCAUAUUGAAGAAGUCGAAGACUAUCAAUAA